AUGAAUGGCACAGAAGGACUCAACUUUUACGUCCCCAUGUCCAACAGGACUGGGGUGGUUCGCAGCCCAUUUGAACACCCGCAAUACUACCUGGCGGAGCCCUGGAAAUACUCUCUCCUGGCCGCCUACAUGCUAUUCCUCAUCAUCACCGCCUUCCCCAUCAACUUCCUCACCCUCUAUGUCACCGUGAAACAUCGAAAGCUGAGGACCCCUCUGAACUAUGUGCUGCUCAACCUGGCGGUGGCCGACCUCUUCAUGGUCGUCGGGGGGUUCACGGUCACUCUGUACACGGCCCUGCACGGAUAUUUCAUCUUAGGGGUCAGCGGCUGCAACAUUGAAGGAUUCUUCGCCACUCUGGGAGGGGAGAUCGGCCUCUGGUCUCUGGUGGUUUUGGCCAUCGAGCGCUACAUUGUGGUCUGUAAGCCGAUGACUAAUUUCCGCUUUGGGGAAAAACAUGCCAUCGCUGGCCUGGCCUCCACCUGGAUCAUGGCCCUGACCUGCGCUGUACCUCCUCUGAUGGGAUGGUCCCGGUACAUCCCAGAGGGAAUGCAGUGUUCCUGUGGGAUUGACUACUACACUCCCAAGCCGGAGUUCAACAACACCUCAUUCGUCAUCUAUAUGUUUGUCCUCCAUUUCUGUAUCCCCCUCUUCAUCAUCUUCUUCUGCUACGGUCGCCUGCUCUGCACCGUGCGAGCGGCUGCGGCCCAGCAGCAGGAGUCUAAAACCACCCAGAGGGCAGAGAGAGAGGUGACACGCAUGGUCAUCGUCAUGGUGGUCUCCUACCUGAUGUGCUGGCUGCCCUACGCCUCCGUGGCCUGGUACAUCUUCAUCAACCAGGGGACAGCGUUCGGCCCGGUGUUCAUGACGGCUCCGGCCUUCUUCGCAAAGAGUGCUGCUCUGUACAACCCCAUAAUCUACAUUCUGCUGAACAGACAGUUCAGAAACUGCAUGAUCACCACGGUGUGCUGUGGAAAGAACCCGUUUGGAGACGAUGAGGCCGCCACCGUCUCUAAAACCCAGACUUCAUCUGUGUCUACCAGCCAGGUGGCACCGGCUUGA